AUGAAUCAAUCACUCCCAACGGCGUCGUUUUGCAGGCAGCUCAGUUGCGUCGGAAUUUCCGUGCCGGGCCUCGGGCUUCAGCCUCCGAAGCUGAAGAAGAGGAAGCAGAGAUGGCUGCAGCUGGAACGCCGUCGUUUCAGGCUUCUCGUCAGUGCUCAGCUCUCCAGCUCCCUAUCAGCUAACAUUGGCCUCGACUCGCAGAACAUUCACGCCCAUGAAUCAUCGCAAAUACCUUGGGUGGGACCCCUUCCCGGAGAUAUAGCCGAGGUAGAGGCCUACUGCAGAAUUUUCAGGGCAGCCGAGCGUUUUCACAACGCUUUAAUGGAUGCAUUGUGCAACCCUUUAACUGGAGAAUGCAGCGUCUCAUAUGACAUGCCAUCUGAGGAUAAACCGUUGUUAGAAGACAAAAUAGUUUCUGUUCUUGGUUGCAUGGUGUGCCUUCUGAAUAAAGGGAGAGAGGAUGUUCUGGUUGGAAGAUCCUCCAUAAUGAAUUCCUUUCGCGAUUUGGAUAAGACUAUAAUGGACGACAAUGUCCCUCCCCUUGCGAACUUCCGUUCGGAAAUGAAGAGCUACUGCGAGAGCUUGCACGCGGCAUUAGAAAAUUAUCUGACACCCGGUGACGAACGGAGUUUGAAUGUCUGGAGAAAAUUGCAGAGAUUGAAAAACGUGUGUUACGAUUCCGGAUUCCCGAGAGGGGACGAAUACCCUUGCCAGACACUGUUUGCCAAUUGGGGCCCGGUUUAUUUAUCCAACUCAAAAGAUGAAGCGCAUUCAGAAAAUUUAGAGGUUGCUUUCUGGAAAGGUGGCCAGGUGACUGAAGAGAGUCUGAGGUGGCUGCUUGAGAAGGGGUUCAGAACGAUUAUCGAUCUCAGGGCGGAAAUAGUGAAGGACAACUUUUACAAGUCCAUUUUGGACGUAGCUGUCUCAUCUGGGAAGAUUGAGGUGAUCAAUCUCCCUGUGGAAGUUGGGACUUCGCCUUCCAAGGAGCAGGUUGCUCUAUUUGUUAAUUUAGUGUCCGAUUCAAGUAAGCGACCGAUUUAUGUACACAGUAAGGAAGGAAGAAGGAGGACGUCGUCUAUGAUAUCUAGGUGGAGGCAUUAUGUGGAUCGAGUUGCGUCCAAUAAAAGGGGGAUUCAAAGCAUUCGGGAAUCUGAAGAUUCCAUAAGUUUUGAAGAUGGUAAAUCGUCUUAUAAUGGAAAUGGGCUGGUCCCACAAAAAUCUGAUGUCUCUUUGAAUAAUCUGGACCCUCCAUCAACUCAGAAUAAGGAUACUCGCAUAGAAAGAUCCAAUAAUCCUGUAACGACCAGUGUGGAUACUGUUGUGACUGGUGUUUAUGGUGGAGUAGAGUCGACAGUGGACUUUUCUUUAGAUGUGAAGCCGUUGGAGUCUCAGCUGCCUCCUCCGGAUAUUUUCUCCAGAAAAGCAAUGUCCCGUUUUUUCACGAAUAAAAAGGUUUCGCCAGGAACAUACUUCAGUUACGAAAAGAAAAGAUUGGAUAUGCUAUCUGCUUUGCAGUACAAGAACAAUGGGAGUGUCUUUCAAAAAGUAGCCAACUUUAAUACAAGCCUUAAUAACAAAGAGAGUAUGAAUGGAUCGCUUGAAAGUGUGAAGCCAUCACUGGGCCCAGAGACUGCAGCUAUCACUAACGGGUCGUAUCAGUCUCCAACAGUUCGCUCUAAUCAUACGGAUAAUGCCAAAAAUGAUACUGAGUUCCAAAAGAGUAAAGAAAAUGGUUCCGUAAGCACAAGAAAUGGCCUAGAUAAAAAUGCCAUGUCCAGUAUGGUUACUGGACCAACCGGGACUGGUGUCAUGAGCUACAUCUCUUCAGAUGAUGAGAACAUGGAUUUACUCGAAGGAAAUAUGUGUGCUUCAGCAACAGGGGUCGUGAGAUUGCAGUCCCGAAAGAAAGCGGAGAUGUUCUUAGUGAGGACAGAUGGUUUUUCUUGCACUAGAGAAAAGGUGACUGAGUCGUCCUUGGCGUUCACUCAUCCGAGCACUCAGCAGCAGAUGCUCUUGUGGAAAUCUACACCAAAGACUGUAUUGUUGUUGAAGAAGCUGGGCGAAGAACUCAUGGAGGAAGCUAAAGAGGUUGCCUCAUUCUUAUAUUACCAGGAGAAGAUGAAUGUUCUCGUUGAACCAGAGGUUCAUGAUGUUUUUGCUAGGAUUCCAGGAUUCGGUUUUAUCCAGACAUUCUACAGUCAAGAUACAAGUGACCUUCAUGAGAGAGUUGAUCUUGUAGCUUGCUUGGGUGGAGAUGGUGUCAUACUUCAUGCUUCUAACUUAUUCAGGGGCGCUGUUCCUCCUGUUGUCUCGUUUAACCUGGGAUCGUUAGGGUUUCUCACUUCCCAUACUUUUGAUGAUUUCAAGAAUGAUCUAAGGCAAGUGAUUCAUGGGAACAACACGGCUGACGGUGUUUAUAUUACCCUCAGAAUGCGACUCCACUGUCAGAUAUUCCGAAAUGGGAAACCUAUGCCAGGAAAGAUAUUUGAUGUCUUGAACGAAAUUGUUGUUGACCGUGGGUCUAAUCCCUAUCUUUCGAAGAUCGAGUGUUACGAACAUGACCGCCUCAUAACUAAGGUCCAAGGUGAUGGAGUUAUAGUUGCAACUCCGACUGGAAGUACAGCGUAUUCUACAGCCGCUGGAGGUUCUAUGGUACAUCCAAAUGUUCCAUGUAUGCUCUUCACACCGAUUUGCCCACAUUCUCUCUCAUUCAGACCAGUCAUACUUCCAGAUUCUGCUCGGCUGGAAUUAAAGAUUCCGGAUGAUGCGCGGAGCAAUGCUUGGGUGUCGUUUGACGGCAAGCGAAGGCAACAGCUCUCGAGAGGAGACUCGGUUAGGAUAUCAAUGAGCCAGCAUCCACUCCCGACUGUGAAUAAAUCCGACCAAACGGGCGAUUGGUUUCGGAGCUUGAUUCGUUGCCUGAACUGGAACGAAAGAUUGGACCAGAAAGCCCUUUGA